GGGUAUAAAAAGGCUGUGUCCGGCAGGGUGAGGCAUAUCCAGUGUGAACGUCUUCAGAGCAAAAGCCAAGCUCGGUCUGGAUUAUUUCACCAUGAGAUUGGCGUUCGUUUGUAUCGCGGCGAUGGUCGGAGUGGCCCUUGCCAAACCGCAGGGCUACGACUUCCCGAGCCGCAACUCCGGCAACGGCUACGACAACAACGACCGCCAGGGGUUCGGUGGUAGUGGCGGCGGCGGCGGGGGAGGCUACCCUGACAGGCAAGUCGUGAGCCAGCGGCCCCAGCAAUACACGCUGGGCACGGAGCUCGAUUUAGAUGAUGAGCUGUACAGUAGUACCGGUGGAGGCUAUUCCGUGUUCAAUCGCACCGACUUUUACCCCCGCACCGCUGCUGUAAAUAGAGUGCAAACCUUUUUCCCAUCCUCCUCGCCACCCUCGGUGGUCUCGACUGCCGCCCCUCUUAACCGUUUCGUCACCAGCAGCACGGACAGGAACAACUACCGCCAGGGGAACAACGGCUACCCUUCAACCCGGCCGUCGCGGCCUCGCUUCCAGCAGUCCAGCACCACCACCAGAAACCCGUUUAGCGCGUCCCCUUCUGGCUACGGAGGUCAGCUCGGAGGAACCGGCUUCGGCGAUCGAUUCCCUAGCCGUGGUCAGCAGUUCGCCAAUAAUAAUGGCGGUUUCUCCUCCACCACCAACCGACCCGUGGACCAGCAGCAGCCGUUUGCGGGCAACUUCGAUCGCGUCACCAACACCGGUUUUGGCGGCUCCGGCCCUUCUGGUUUUGGGGCCAACAACCCCGCUAUCGGCACCACCGCCAGGCCCAUCUUCCCGGACAGCAUCAACAGCCAGCUGCCCGACUCACCCUCUGUAAAUACUAACUUUGCAGGCAACACCGGAUUUGUAAAUAGCGCUGUAAAUACUGGCCGCCCUGUUUCCAACAACGUUCCUUUCGGAAAUAACAAUGGUCCUUCGUCCUUCAGCCGGCCGAACAACAACAAUGGCUUUGGAAACGGCGUUACCAGGCCCUUCACAGGCAACUCCAACAACAAUAGGCCCUUCAACAGCAACAACAACAACAACGACCGCUUUGGAAACAACAACAACAACAACAACAGGCCCUUUGGAGGAGGCAGCAACAACAACAGGCCCUUUGGAGGAAGCAACAACAACGGUGGCUUUGGAAACAACAACAACGGCUUUGGUGGAGGAAAUGGCGGCAACACCGGAUUUGGUAACGGCGGCAACAAUGGAUUUGGCGGCGGCAACAACGGCUUUGGCAGCAACAGCAACAACAUCAACAGCAGCCCUACUGAUGACCUUUCGGAGCCAGCCAACUACGAGUUCUCGUACGAAGUGAACGACCCUCCGAGCGGCCAGAACUUCGGCCACACCGAGCGGCGCCAGAAUGACGACACCGUCGGCUCCUACUUUGUGCUGCUUCCCGACGGUCGUCUCCAGAGAGUCGAGUACACCGCUGGGGUCGGCGGUUACAGAGCCAGAGUAACCUACGAGGACCAAGGAGGCCAGUUGAGGAAGUAGAUAUGCGAUCCCACUAUAGCUGCUUUUUGCCAAUUAUAAUAUUUUUGUGUAUUUUUACUCGACCUUUUACAAUUCCUUCCUAAUUAGUGGGCCUAGCGAAAAACGCCUCUUCACGGGCACUGCCGAUUAGUCGUUUGGCCCUCCAGAGACCUUUUGUAAUUCAGUGUUUUAUAUAUUAUGAGUUAGUAGUGCUUGUAUCUGCAAAUAUGCCUCAAUAAACAUAUUUACAUCAAAAGUACUGUGCCAUUUAUACAAA